AUGAUCCAACCCAAUGGAAUAUUAAGACUCACCGAUCAAUCCUCAAACGUCCUCGGGACAGCGCUCUACAACAAACCGGUGAGAUUGCUUGACCAUACCAAUCUCUCUACCAACACCACUGUUCGUUCUUUUAGCACCUCAUUCGUCAUCGGCAUACUCACAAGCUCCCGCAAUGGAGGUUACGGUUUAACCUUCACACUAUCUCCCACACUAAACCGUCCAGGCGCCGAGUCAGGACGUUACUUAGGACUCGUCAACGAACAGAACAACCGGAGUUGA